AUGCCCUCCGCCACGGGCCAGAGCUGGGAGAAGUACCAGAAGAACUUCGCCGACGACGAGGUUGAGGAGAAGAAGAUCACACCUCUCACCGAUGAGGACAUCCAAGUGCUGAAGACAUAUGGCGCAGCACCCUACGGCGCGGAGCUCAGGAAGCUCGAGAAGGAGAUCAAAGACAAGCAGUCGACCAUCAACGAGAAGAUUGGCGUAAAGGAAUCAGACACCGGUCUCGCACCACCACAUCUCUGGGACAUCGCCGCCGACCGCCAACGCAUGCAAGAAGAACAGCCCCUCCAAGUCGCCCGCUGCACCAAGAUAAUACAGGACGACAAGGACUCGGAGAAGAGCAAAUAUGUCAUCAACGUCAAGCAGAUCGCCAAGUUCGUCGUCAACCUCGGAGACCGCGUCUCACCCACAGACAUCGAGGAGGGCAUGCGCGUCGGUGUCGACCGGAACAAGUACCAGAUUCUGCUUCCCUUGCCGCCCAAGAUCGAUCCCUCGGUCACAAUGAUGACGGUCGAAGACAAGCCCGACGUCACCUAUGGAGAUGUUGGAGGCUGUAAAGAGCAGAUUGAGAAGCUGCGAGAAGUCGUCGAGAUGCCCCUCCUGUCGCCAGAGCGCUUCGUCAACCUGGGUAUCGACCCGCCAAAGGGCGCACUGCUCUACGGGCCCCCGGGAACUGGAAAAACGCUCUGCGCCCGAGCUGUUGCCAAUCGAACAGACGCCACCUUCAUUCGUGUCAUCGGUUCCGAGCUUGUCCAAAAGUACGUUGGUGAGGGAGCAAGGAUGGUCCGCGAGUUGUUCGAGAUGGCACGGACAAAGAAGGCCUGUAUCAUCUUCUUUGACGAAAUCGAUGCUGUGGGUGGAGCCCGUUUUGACGACGGUGCGGGAGGAGACAACGAGGUUCAGCGGACUAUGUUGGAGCUUAUCACACAACUUGACGGCUUUGACGCGCGUGGAAACAUCAAGGUCAUGUUCGCUACCAACAGACCUUCAACACUCGACCCCGCUCUCAUGCGUCCCGGUCGUAUCGACAGAAAGAUCGAGUUCUCCCUACCCGAUAUGGAGGGUCGCGCCAACAUUCUCCGCAUUCACGCCAAGAGCAUGAGCGUAGAGCGCGACAUUCGCUGGGAGCUCAUUUCGCGUCUUUGCCCCAACAGCACUGGUGCCGAGCUGAGGAGUGUAGCCACAGAGGCAGGCAUGUUCGCGAUCCGGAAUCGCCGCAAGGUGGCUACCGAAAAGGACUUUCUCGCCGCUGUGGACAAGGUGAUCAAGGCCAACAUGAAGUUCAACAGCACUGCUGUGUACGCUCAGUACAACUAA